AUGAACAGUGGUGGUAGUGACAGUUUUGAUUAUCUUCUUCAAUUGACAAAAGCCUUAAGUGCAGAGUGUCGGGCUAAUAGACAAGAGACCGAUCGAAUAGAGCUAUUACUAAAACGCCUUGCCAAACAAUCAGGAAUAUCUUACGAUAAAUUGAGCAAAAAUAUAAUCCCGGAUUCAUGGAAAGAUAACAGGUCCCAAACAGCACCUCCUCCUACAGAGGAACAGCGACUUAUUAGCGAAAAUUUUAAACUCAUAUACGAGAUUGAAAAACAAGAGUACUUCAAUACAAAGGCUCUUGCGCUAAUUAACAACAUAAAUGAGCAUUUUUCGUACAUUAAAAACUUUAUCGACGAACAAAACUCAAUAAGAGAACGAAAUGUUGUUGCAUUUACAUCAGAGAAGCUUGAUGAAAGGAAUAGAAGUCUUCAACAAAAUUACAGGUCAUUAAAAACAGAAAAUGAAGAAACAAAAAAAAAAUUGCAUACAGUUGUUGAACAGCUUGAAAAACUGCUGAAAGAAGUAGAUUGGGAUCGUAUACCCAAAAAUUCCAGAGACUAUAUCCGCUUUAGAAAACAAUUAGAAUACCUACAAGAUGCAUACCAGAUACUAAAAUAG